UGGGCCGAGUGCCGGGGGAAGCGCGAUGCUGCAGCCCGGGCGGACGGAGCGAUAGCAGCCAGGCGAUCUCGCUUGGGAACGGCUUGUGGCUCGACGGCGACUAAGGCUCUGUUUUAUUUGCCUGGAAAAACAAGAGUCCAGUUUAGGGUCGGAUUGCGGAGGAAGAGGGAAAGGAGCGAGAAGAGAAGAGGCGAGCGAUGGAGAGGGGGGGGGCUUCGUCCCGUUGGCUUCUUUGGGACUAGAGUACGAAAAGGGGUAGGUGGAAGGGAGGAACCUGCGGGGUUUCGGGACUCCAGGCGCCGAGAAGACCUGGGCGCGCGUGGCAGCGGCGAGACAGCAAGGAGAAAUUUGACGCGUCGCAAAUCUGAACCGGAUUUGGAUUUGUGAUUUGUUUUCUUUCCCGCGUUUUUCUUGCUCCCGGGAAUUUGCUGCAAGUUGAGAAGCUUGAAAUCUGGAUUUCAUGGAGCGGAGAUUCUUGAUACUUGUUGGACUUACGUUUCUCUCGAGCGCAGGUUUCUCGCUAUCCGUCUCUCACCUCCUGUUGCUUCCCAGCGCCAGCGCCAGCAGCAGCAGCAGCAGCAGCAGAGGGCUGAGGUUUCUGGGGCUCUCUGAGAGAGUCAGCAAAGAAACCGGCACAGGACCCGGAAGGCUGAAUUCAGCCACCAGCUCCAGACUGGACAGUGUGGCUGGCCAGGGGGAAGCCCACCACAGAGCCAAACGCUGUACUUGCUACACCUACAAAGAUAAAGAGUGUGUUUACUACUGCCACUUGGACAUCAUCUGGAUCAACACCCCAGAGAAAACUGUUCCAUAUGGGUUGGCUAAUUACAGGGGAAAUUUCCGGGUCAAAAGGUCCACAGAGCAGCUCCGCAAGAGCUUACAUUCAUCAGAAAACUCUCCAUCACGCUGCUCUUGCACAGAUCGACAUGACAAGUUGUGCAUGCAGUUUUGCACAUGGAGUGUCCAAUGCAAUCAUCCAAAGCAAAUGAGCCACUCAGCAGGAACAGUUCUCCAUCAAGAAGAAAAGCAUGCUCUUGCCCAGUAGCUUGGAAGAAUUCUUCAGGUUUGAACUGGAGAGGUAUGAUCUGUGUUAAUUAUGAGAAUGUGUGGUAGUGUGAGGAGUCAGGAGAUGAAACCGUGAAUCAUGGUUUAAUUUUACAUGAGAAUGUAGCUCUUUCACUCACCUGGCAAGGCAGAGCAGUUUUGUUCUUCUGGGUGGGAGGCAGGCUACAUGAGAGAUCUUUGUUUAUACAGUAUAUACCCCUGUUUAGAACUCAGUUGUUAGCCUCAACUCUUCAGGAAACAUCUGCAUCCCAAGUGGUAUUUUCUUCUUUCUGCACAAUAACCCUGAGAGAUAAGUUAGUCUGAAAGGUAAGGGAAUGCUGAUCAACACAGCAUAUAGAGUAGGGCUGUGUGAACCAUUUGGAGUGAAGUGCUAUAUCUGGAUCAGUGUUUCUCAACCUUGGCAACUUUCAGAUGUGUGGACUUAAACUCCCAGCUAAGCUGGCUGGGGAAUUCUGGGAGCUGAAGUCCACACAUCUGAAAGUUGCCAAGGUUGAGAAACACUGAUCCAGAUUGUAAAAAUCCAGAAUAUCACUAGAUGGCACUAAAGAGAUAUAGAACACUCUUAUUCCUUGCCACCAACUCUACUGAUCAUCCAGAUAUUUGCAGCCCAGAUAUGGGGGCCCUACCAACCCCACUGCUUUGAAACGUUGAGAUCUGUGCUGACUUGGCAAGCAGCAUUGACUGGCUCUUGAAACAGCUAUGCUAAGCUUUCCAGUAGAUGUAUCUUCUUGCUGCUUUAAGGGGUACAGUCAGAAAGGUCCUUGGCUCACUUCCUGAACUACCAUUCUGACUGAUUUGUUCAGCCCUACACCCAGCCAGCGUUGUAUUCCAAAAGAGCAGUGUCUCCAUUUUGAGAAAUAAAAUGACUGCUACCCUGUGCAUAGGUACCUGGGAGUAAGCCCCAUUGUGGGAUCUUUCCAGAGCACUAAAAUCUUUUGAGAUACUGGAACUUUCUUGGAGAACUCUGAACUAUCCUUCAGGAUCUCAAAGGAUUUUGAGACUUUUCUUUAGAAGAGGAAUCACCUGGGAGGGAACAAGAGAACAAAAAGACUACCCUUUGUGGAAGCAUUCAUAGUCUCAUUCUCCUCUAGACCAGGGUUUCUCAACCUUGGCAACUUUAAGAUGUGAGGACUUCAACUCCCAGAAUUCCCCAGCCACCCUGGGGAAUGGAAGUGGAAUAUCUUCUGUUGGACCUGCGUGUGUAUUGCUGUACUGAUUUUUUAAAAUUUAUCUCAUACCUUUGGUUCUUGCAGGAACACCCAUUAUAUUCCAAAGAUUUGUACCUAAUGAUUAAAUCAUCUCAAACCAGCUUCCCACAGUUCUAAGCAACUAACAACAUUUCUUUCAGUUGUAGGGAGUGACCAAGAGAAAAAUGGAGGUGGAGUCAUAUCAGAAGUCUCUUCUGCUAUUGCCCUUGUAAGACUCCUGAGAGCCCAAAGGGAGAAGCCCAUAGUUGUCUCUAGGGCAGGGCUGCAUAAGCGUGUUUGCUCUGAGGGUGCACUCUCAUUGUGUAGUGGGCUGGGUCUGCACUCCAGGAAGUAGGUGGGUCAGGACAAAGAAAUGGGUGGAGCCAGGACAAAAGCAUAAUUGUAAUUAGAAGCAAACUAAAUGAAUUAAAUCCAGUUAACCUGAUGCUGUCCUAUGCAUUUCAUCAUUUAUUAAGUUAUUUACAUUCAGUAUUUUCAAUUAUUCUGCGGCAAUAAAAACCAUAGUUCAGUUGCAACGUUUGGAAGGGCUCUGGGGGCAGCCGUUAGACCUCUAGGGGCCGUGUCUGGCUUUUAAGGCUUCAGGCUCUGCACCAUUUCUCUAGGAGGUAGAGCUCCUCUUCACACUGGACAUGACAUUUUUGCAAGGCAGGACCAGUUGGAAAAAGGCAGUGAAAAUUUAAAAUGGAUUUUCUCAAAUGCUAUUCUGAUGUUUUAGAGCAGUGGUUUGACCCAGUUAUCCU